GUCAACACCGUCUACAUGGGCGCAUAGAAUUCUCUUAAUUCAAGCAAGGAAAACACUCGCUGAAGAUGACUUGUCUCGCAGUAAUCGCGAUAAUUCUAGCCUGUGCGACGACUGUACACGUAACAACUGCAGCGCCUGGAGAAGACGAUAACUCGCUCAAUCCGGAGGAAAUUUUCGGCCUCCUUGACACUGAUGGAGAUGGUUUUAUAAGCCGCGAGGAGUUCGGUGGCGCCCUGGGCAACCAUGGGAGCGAAACUGAUGCAGAGAUCGACGCCGAAUUCGAAGAGAUGGACGCCAACAAUGACGACAAGAUUUCCCCUGAGGAGUUCGAUCCUGAUAUACACUGAUAUUCAGCUGCCAAAAACACAGCACAAUAUAUCAGUUUGGACAUGUUGGCUGGCAAGAAUAUGAC